AUGUCGCUCGUAUCCGGCGAGAAGUCGAACUUCCAGUACAUCAUCCGUUUGCUUAACACCAACGUCGAUGGCAAGCAGAAGAUCAUGUACGCCUUGACCAAGAUCAAGGGUGUUGGUCGUCGUUACUCCAACUUGGUUUGCAAGAAGGCCGAUGUUGACUUGAGCAAGCGUGCUGGUGAAAUCACCUCCGAAGAACUCGAGCGUAUCGUCACCAUCAUCCAGAACCCAACCCAGUACAAGAUCCCUACCUGGUUCCUCAACAGACAGCGCGACAUCACCGACGGCAAGGACUCUCAGACCAUCUCCAACGGUGUCGACUCUAAGCUCCGUGAGGAUCUUGAGCGCUUGAAGAAGAUCCGCUCCCACCGCGGUCUGCGUCACUACUGGGGUCUCCGUGUCCGUGGUCAACACACCAAGACCACUGGUCGCCGUGGCCGCACCGUCGGUGUCAGCAAGAAGAAGGGCUAA